AUGGCGGCGAACCGCUUCCCCUACGGCGGCGCCAACUCGAGGGAGUCGUCGGCCCAGUCCAUCGUGUCCUGGCAGCCGAAUUCUGUGUGGGGUAAUGUGCCAUCGUCUGUCAACAAUCGCGAGUCGAAUAGUCUACGAGGCCAAGACGAGCCCUUCACAAACGGCCACCAGGCCUCCACCAACUUCCCGACAAACUCAGCCGCCCCCGGCGUAUGGACAGCGCAGUCUGGACCUUGGAACAACGCCGAGAACAACGCCGCGACACGGAGGACAUCGUCGAGCCCGUCGCCUGCACGCCAGAGAGAUGCCGUUGGUGACCUAUCAAGCGGUCUUUCAUCCACCUCUUCACUCUUUCCCAUCGGACAGACAGGCGCCUUCCCAAACGGCCGUUCCAAGGCCACCAACGGCACGGCCUCCGAGGCCAACGCAGCCGCUUUCCGGUACACAUCGCCACUGCGCGACAGUGUAGGAGAGGACGACCCCGAUUCGAACACCAUCUCCAACUCUCUUUCCAACCUGGGCUUUGACAGCGAUGCUCUCCCAUCCCGAACACGAGCUGCCCACGGCUCCUCGAACGUCUUCUCGACGUCGUCAGCUGCGGCCUCUUUAGCAGGAUCGACAGCGUCCGCAUCGGCCGCGCCUGGGCCAGCAAAUGGCACGACAAAUACCAAUGGCAGCAACGGCUCGACGCUCCCAUCCUUUGGCUCCUUUGGCCCCAUUGCAACGUCGAGCCACGGCCAUUCACACCGCACAUCGCUCCAAGCCUCGACGUCAUACUCCUCCCCAGCAGCGCCUACACCCGCUCUGCCCUACCACCGCAACUCCCAACCCGAAGACGCCAACGCUCUGGCGAUGGCGCAGAUGUUCCGCCAGUCCCAGGGCCUCGAUGAGCGGUCAGCCAGCUCUACCGCCAACGGCCUUGGAAGCAACUAUGGCGCAAUGGCAGCAUAUGUGCAAGCACAAGCUCAGGCACACGCACACAGCCAACCAUCGUUCCAGUUCAACCCCAUCUCUGAGCCUUGGGACGCGGGCGUUCGGGGAUUCGAGAUGUACGGGCAGGGUAGAGACCCUGCUGCCGCAUCCGCCUUUUCUGCUCCGCGUAGCCAUUUCGGCUCAGCUGAGCGGGGCAACACUCCGAUUGGGGGGGUUUUCCAGCAAAACGGCAGCCCGCGCAGCCUUGGAACACCAGCGAAUGGUGCCGGGCCCUGGAGUCGGCCGCAGUCGCGCGACCCCAGAACAUCGGGCCUAUCGGAGACCGGUGCCAACGGUGUAGGCAACCUACUGCAGCGUCAACCUCUACAAAAUUUCUUACACGACCAGCAGCUAUCGGCUGCUGCUGCCGCUGCUGCGUCGUUCAACGGCAACCCCAACUUCCUCCCCAGCAACCUCGCCCCAUAUCCACUGUUCAACUCCUUCCGAGCGCCCAUGCAGGUGUCGCCUCUGGGUCUCCCGAUGGGCGCGCCGAUGGGCACGCCGAUGGGCAAUGGCCUGCUGCCCAACUCCCAACUGCAAGCUCCCCGUGACCGCGAUCUCGUUCGGUCGAUGCGCAGCCCUGUGCUGGACGAUUUCCGAACAUCCAGAACCAACCGGCGGUUCGAGCUCAAGGACAUUUACGGCUACAUUGUCGAGUUCAGCGGCGACCAGCACGGCUCGCGCUUCAUCCAAAGCAAGCUCGAGACGGCCAACAGCGACGACAAGGAACACAUUUUCCGGGAAAUCUCAGCCAAUGCGCUCGUUCUGAUGCGUGACGUGUUUGGAAACUACGUUGUUCAAAAGUUCUUUGAGCACGGCAGCCAGGUCCAGAAAAAGUACUUGGCCGAGCAGAUGCGCGGCAAGAUGGUGGAGCUGUCCACACAACCGUACGCCUGCCGUGUGGUGCAAAAGGCCCUUGAGCACAUUCUGGUGGAACAGCAGGUCUACCUGGUCAAGGAGCUCGAGGUGGAUGUGACGCGUGUCGUCAAGGACCCGAGCGGCAACCAUGUCGUGCAAAAGGUCAUCGAAGUGGUCCCGCGCGAACACAUUGGCUUUGUCAUGGACGCCUUCCGCGGCAAGGUGAAGGAGCUGUCGUCGCACAACUACGGCUGCCGCGUCGUCCAGCGGAUGCUCGAACACGGGUCCGAGGAGGACAAGGCCAUCAUUCUAGCGGAGUUGCACGAGAACGCGCGCGACCUCAUCAUGGACCAGUACGGCAACUACGUGACGCAGCACGUCAUUGAGUUUGGUGAUCCAGAGGACCGCACCAAGAUGAUCAAUACGGUGCUGAAUGAGCUCGUCCCCAUGUCGCGGCACAAGUUUGCGUCCAAUGUGGUCGAGAAGUGCAUGGAACACGGCACGCUGGACGACCGCGUCCGCGCCCGCAAGGAGCUCGAGAAGGUCGGCAGUGACGGGGUGCCCGUCCUGCACCAAAUGAUCAAAGACCAAUACGGCAACUAUGUCAUCCAGAGACUAUUGAAGCUCCUCGAAGGUGAGGAACGUCGUCUUUUUGUCGAGACCAUGGAGACCCAGCUUGCCGCUCUGAAGCGGACGAGCACCGGCCGGCAGAACGCGGCCGUGGACCGCCUGCUCGACGAGCUGGCCAAGACCGGCCUGGUCAGCCUGGGGUCGCCGCCGGCCGCAAAGUCAUAUACCGCCUCCACGGCGCCCGUGUCACCCCGGCUGCCCGCCAAUGCCGAGUCGACGCCGCCGCUCACCCAUGCGCCGAACACCCCGGAGAGCUCCAACCCACCUAGUGUCAGUGCUGGACCAACAGGGGCUUCGAUCGUCGCCAGAGCGGACGGGAAAAUGGCUACGGCUGCAGCCAAGCUGGUGGUGUCUCCGGACACCGACACAGAGACUGCGGAGUAA